CCAGGCCUCCAGUCUUGGGACAUUGACCCUGGCAUCUGCAGCCUGGACGAGCAGCUCAAGAUCUUUGUGUCCCGGCACUCGGCCACCUUCUCCAGCAUCGUGAAAGGCCAGCGCAGCCUGCACCUCCGAGGGGACGCCCUGGAUAUCCUGGUCCUCGUGAACCCGUCAGACAAGUCCCUGUGUGACGAGCUCCGGAACCUUCUCCUAGACACUGCCCCUCACAAGCUUCUGGUGCUGGCUGGGCCCUGCCUGGAGGAGACAGGGGAGCUGCUGCUCCAGACUGGGGGCUUCUCACCCCGCCACUUCCUCCAGGUUCUGAGGGACAAAGAGAUCCGGGAUCUCCUGGCUUCUGCACCCCCAUCUGCAGACCCGCCCAAGCUCACCAUCACCUGCCCUACCUUUGGCGACUGGGCCCAGCUGGCACCCGAAGUGCCCGGCCUCCAGGGCGGGCUCCGGCUGCGGCUGAACCCCCCAGUGCAGCGGCCGGCCUCCGAGGGCCUGCGUGAGUUCCUGGAGUAUGUGGCCGAGUCGCUGGAGUUGCCGUCCCCGUUUGAGCUGCUGGAGCCACCAGCGUCCGUGGGCUUCCUCAGGCUCGCCCGGCCUUGCUGCUACAUCUUCCCUGGCGGCCUCGGGGACGCCGCCUUCUUCGCCGUUAAUGGCUUCACUAUGUUGGUCAACGGCGGCUCGAACCCCAAGUCGAGCUUCUGGAAGCUGGUGCGGCACCUGGGGGCCACCUCCCGCCUGGUGCGCGGCGAGGAUGAGGCGGAGGUGGCCCGGAGCCUUCUGGCCCGGCUGGGCAUAGAGCCGCUGCCCCUGAGCCGGGGGCUGACGCCGACCGAGCCCACGGUGCUCUUCCAGAAGAUGGGCGUCGGCCGGCUGGACGUACCCGUGCUGUUCCCUGGCUGCACGCCGCCUGCCCGCCUCCUGGACGGCCUGGUCCGCCUGCAGCACUUGGGCUUUCUGCGGGAGCCCGUGGUGACCCCCCAAGACCUGACGGGGCCUCGACGCACCGAGAGCAAGGAGAGUGUGGGCUCCCGGGACAGCGUGAGGAGAGAGGGCCGGACUGCGGUGCCUGCCAGGCCUGCCCAGGAGCGCUCUGGGGUGGCCCGGAAGGAGCCACCACGACCCGAGGCCUCUCGCAGGGCUGAGAAGGAAGCAAGGCACCCCAGGGAGGUGAAGAAGGACCCCAAACCAAGUGUCCCCCGGACCCAGCCCAGGGAGUUGUCCCGGGCAUCCUCUGCUGUGGUCAGUGGCAAGAAGGCAGGUGCCCAGGCAGCCCCCAAGCCCCGAAGAGCACCGAACAGUGACCGCCCGGGUGUCCCAUUGGCGGGGAAUGGGCCCCAGAGCCCCCCGACCUUCCGGUGUGGAGAGGCCAGUCCCUCCAUAGAGGCCUGCAGCUCUCCUGUCCCCCAGCUGGCGGCCACCCCCACCCAAGGGAGCAGCCUGGAGCUGGUGCUGAGCCCCACAGGGGAGGACAGUAGCAGCGUAAAGACUCAAGAGCAGCUGGCAGCCAGUGGCACCCCCCCGCCCUGCACCCCCUCGCCAGCUGGAGCUCCCCAGGGCCCAGCUGAGGGUAGCAGGCAGCUGUCACUGAGCCCCCUGCGUGGUGGGGAGGCGGGGCCAGAUGGCUCCCCCACGGUGACCACGCCUUCCCUGCCGGCUGAGGUGGGCUCCCCGCACUCCACAGAGGUGGACGAGUCGCUGUCCGUCUCCUUUGAGCAGGUGCUGCCCCCGCCCCCCGUUCCCAUGAGCGAGGCAGGGCUGAGCCUCCCACUUCGAGGCCCCCGGGUGCGGCGCUCGGCCUCCCCCCAUGACGUGGACCUGUGCCUGGUGUCGCCCUGUGAGUUUGAGCACCGCAAGAUGGUGCCCAUGGCGCCGGCCCCCGCGUCCCCCGGGAGCUCCAAUGACAGCAGCGCCCGGUCCCAGGAGCGGGCAGGUGCUCUGGGGGCUGAGGAGACGCCGCCUACAUCUGUCAGCGAGUCCCUGCCCACGCUGUCCGACUCGGACCCCCUGCCCGCUGCCCCUGGCACUGCAGACUCAGAUGAGGACAUGGAGGGCUUUGGAGUCCCUCGUCACAACCAGCUGCCCAACCCCCUCAAGGUUCCCCCACCGCUGCCAACCCCACCCAACAUCUGCAUGGUGGAUCCAGAGCUGCUGCCCCCCGAACAGGCCCGGCUGAAAGAGAGCCUCAGCCAUACCCGGAAGCCCCUGGCUCGCCCCACCUCCAGCACUGCCACCUCCAAAUCCACUCCAGCAAUCGCUGCCAAGACCAAGGGGCUGGCUGGCAGGGACCGCGCCAGUCGGCCGCUCAGUGCCCGAAGCGAGCCCAGUGACAAGGGCGGUCGGGCACCCCUGUCCAGAAAGCCCUCAGUCCCCAAGAUGACCCCUCGGGGCCCAGCCGGGUCAGCCAGCAGCCGGCCGGGUGGGUCGGAGGCCUCCCCCGGCUCCCCUGUCUACCUUGACCUGGCCUACUUGCCCAGCGGGGGCAGCAUCUGCCUGUUAAAUGAGGAGUUCUUUCGGCGGGUGCGCGCGCUCUGCUAUGUCAUCAGCGGCCAGGACCAGCACAAGGAAGAGGGAAUGCGGGCCGUCCUGGACGCCCUGCUGGCCGGCAAGCAGCAGUGGGACCGUGACCUACAGGUGACCCUGAUCCCCACCUUCGACUCAAUGGCCAUGCACGAGUGGUAUGAGGAGACGCAUGCCCAGCACCAGGCGCUAGGCAUCACGGUGCUGGGCAGUAACAGCACAGUGUCCAUGCAGGACGAGGCCUUCCCUGCUUGCAAGGUGGAGUUCUAGUCCUGCCUCACCCCUACACCUACCCCACUCCGCAGCCCAGAUCUGCACCGUCCUGAUCACUGCAUCAGAAAUAAACCAAGUGCCCCACUCCA